AUGAGUUCAGCAAGCAGAGCUUGGACAGUGGCAGCAAGUGUUGGAGUUGUGGAGGCCUUGAAGGACCAAGGCUUGUGCAGGUGGAACUAUGCUCUAAGAUCAGCUCAACAUCAUGUCAAAAACCAUUUGAGAUCCUUGUCUCAGGCAAAGAAGCUUUCUUCUACUUCCUCCUCUUAUGCUAUGGUUUCCAAGUUCCAACAGAUCAUUAAAAGAAGAGGAAGCAAAGAAGUCAGAGGAAUCAUUGAGGACAGUCAUGUACUUGAGCUGUUGGGGUCCCAACAACUAGCUAGAGACACCGGGGCAAUCACAAAAGACUGAUUCUGAUUGAACCUGUAAUGGUGCAAUUGUAUAUAGUAGUAUCCAGAACUGCUUUUCCAUUAUCACAGAAAUUGAUGUAAAUUUUGAUAAAUGGAAAAUGAAAGAGAAUUAAUUCCAA